AUGGAAAAUGUUUUAAAAGAUUUAGGUUGGGGCGAUGGGUUUAAAAUACCCGUUGCCAAUGCGGAAAAUAAAGCCUUAGAAGUGGAGUUUCAAAAAAAACAGAAAGAUAAAGAAAUCCUUAAGUCUAUUGUUGACGAUGUAAAUGAACGGUUAUUGGGAAUGAAAAAACAUUUAAUUAAUGUUCAAAAACAAAUAGAAGUCAACGAAAAUUUGAUUUUUGCCAAUAAUACUCAAAAAGAAUCGGAAGAAACUUUAGUGAAACUGGCAAAAAUUAAUGACACUUCCUUAUCAAAUGAUAUUAAAAAAAUUAAAAAAGAACAUGAAAAUAUAUUAGAAAGACAUAACUCUAUACAAAAUGAAAUUAAUAAAACACUUCAACGUGUUGACAAAUUAAAUGUGACAAUUAAAUGGGAUAAAGAUGCAUUAUUGGCAUGGAAUGAAGAAAUGAGCAGGGGAGAUGAUGACACAUUUAUGUUGGAAAAAUUUAAAAAAGAAGAUGAAGCAAAAUUUAAUGAGUUGGAAUUAAAAAGGCAAAAUUUAGGAAGGGAAGUGGAAAAUAAGAAAAAUAAAUUGAUCAUUCUUAAAAAUGAUAUACUUGCAAUUGAAAUAUCAUUAGAUAAAACUGCUCAAAUGUUUAGAAGAGAACAUUCAGAAAGAAGAGUUUUGGUUCAACAAUGGGAAGGAUCAGUUAGGCUUCUUAAACAGAAAGAUGAAGACAUUAAUACAGUGGCAGAAGAAAUUAGAAAUCUUAAAAGUGUUGCCAAAGAUAGAUUACGUGAUUUGGAAGAACAGAAAACAUUUUUCGAAAAUGAACAAAAAAAUAACAAGGAGAUGGAAAAAGAUAUUGAUGAUCUCAAUGUAGAAAUUACUGAAAAUAAAGAAAACAUUAAAUUACUUGAACAGAUCAUAGCAGAAGAAAAUGAUAAAAUUGAAACAUUAAAAACAAUACUUUGCACAACUGCGACACAAUUUCAAAAAGAAAGAGUCAAAUAUAAAGGAAUAAUAAAAGAAAUUGAAACUAAAAAUCUGGCAAUAGAGGAAAUAAAAAUUAAAAUAGAAAAUUUUAAAAAAGAAUAUGACAAUUUAAAAACAAAAGGUUUGACAGUUAAGGAAAAGGCUAUUCAUUUGGAAAAAUUAUUAAAAGACGAAGAAAAACAUGUGGAAAAAAACUUGUGUGAAUUCAAAAAAUUAGAUGAGUUGAUGCAUCAAGUAAUGCAGCAAAUAUCUGAACUAAGAAGUGGUGAAAAAGCACAAAUGAUGGAUAUGAAUCGUAUUGAAUCUUGUAAAGCAUCAAAAGUAAAAUUAAUAGCAAAAUUAAAAAUGGAAUUGAGCAGGCAAAAAGAAAUCCUUUACAAUAUGGAUUUUGCAUAUAUGGAAAAAGAUAUUCAAUUAAAUCGAUUACUCAGCAUUGUAAAAGAUGAAGACUCAGAAAAAUAUGAGAAAAGAUAUGCAGAAUUAGAAGAAAUUCAUACCAAACUCGUUGCUACAAAUAAUUUAUUAAAUAAAGAAGUUGUUCGUUUAGAAGAGGAUAUGCGUCGUUUAGCAAUUGAUUUACAAGGAGAUUCAAAAGAGCAAGAUUAUUUAAAAAACAAAAGACAGGAGAAUGUUCUCUUUGUAGAAUGUGGACAAAAACAACUUAAAGCUUUGAGAGCACAAAAUCAAAAUAAACAAGUUGAUAUUAAUUUAUUAAAACUUCGUGUGAAACAAGCAGAAAAAGCCAUUGAUAAAGUCGGUGGAAAAGUUUUCUGCCUGGAAAAACAAAAAUUGGAAAUCGAGCAAGUAAUGAAGGAAAGAGAAAUUGAAAUAAAAACAAUGAGAGACAUAUUAAAUGUUCGAAAGAGAGUUUUAGGAGAACAAGCAGCAAGUUUAAAUGCUCGAAUAAAUAUAGCUCGGGUCAAAGUUGAAAAUCAAAAAAACAAAUAUGAAAUAACUUUAAUUAAAUUGGGAAAAGAUGAAAAUGGUGAACCUUUGUCUGUAUCCAAUAUGAAAAUUAGAGAAGCUCAAGAAAAAUUUGAAAUACAAGAGAUGGGAGAUAAAUUAGAUGCCAAAGUUAAAAAAGCAGAAAAAGAAAUAUUAGCUAUGGAAAACACAUUAAGAAUUGUAAACGCUACCAAUAAGGCUUUCAAAAAUAAUCUUCAAAGCAUAGAAGAAAACAGUCCUGAAUAUUUAGAAAAAGAAGAACUUGAAAAAACUCACGCUGAACUAUUACAAGAAUACAGGAGAGAAAAAGCAGCAUUGGCAAGUUUAGAUAUAAUAACUGUAAGUCUGGAAAAAGAAUAUCAAGAGAAAUUAGAUACGGAAGCUGGAAUAAUUAACUACUGGAGGGAAAAAGACGAAGAAGCUUUAGAAACGGAUAAGGAAUUGAAAGAUCAGGAAGAAAAAUUACAAAGAGCAGAAAAACAUUUGAAAAAACUUGUGAAAGAAAUUCGUGGAACGACGUCGCCAAAAUUUCAAACUAUGGAAGAAAAAGACAUCGAACUUCGAGAACUCAUGGAACAAAAUGAAUUCGGACUUCAACAGUUGGCAGAAUUGAUUGCUAAAACGUUUGAUAUCGGACCCGUUGCAAUCAGGUACCUGACGGAAAAAGGUAUAACAUUACCUAUGAUUAAAAGUCCUGGAGGUUCGAGUCGACGAUCUUCUAAUUCUUCACUUCCAUCUCCUUGUUUGUCAUCAAUAUCGGCAAAAUCAGUGGAUUCUAGCAGUAGAAAAACAUCAAGUUGCCUGAUAACUCCAUCCGUCAUCACUCUAGAUUCUGCUAAAUUAAGUAAGAAUAAUAAAAAACAAAAUAAAAUAAUAAUAAUAAUAAUAAUAAUAAUAAUUUUACAAAAAAAAAAAAAAAAAUUAAAAUUUUUUAAAAUUUUCAGGUUCGAAUAA